GGGGCCGCGCUCGGCGUGGCACCGCCCCGUCCCGGUAACGGACGGCGCAGGGCGAGGAGAUGGCGGCGGGCGGCGGGCGGCUGUGAGCGGCGGCGCCAUGGAGGGCGGCGGCGGCGGCGGCGGGAAGCCGAGCCUGCAGGUGGUGUACCAGGCCGUGCAGGCCCUCUACCACGACCCCGACCCCAGCGGCAAGGAGCGGGCGAGCUGCUGGCUGGGCGAGCUGCAGCGAUCGGUUCACGCGUGGGAGAUCUCAGACCAAUUGCUGCAGAUCCGGCAAGAUGUGGAAUCAUGCUAUUUUGCAGCACAGACUAUGAAGAUGAAGAUUCAGACUUCAUUCUAUGAACUCCCCACAGACUCGCAUGCUUCGUUACGGGACUCGUUGCUGUCCCACAUCCAGAACUUGAAAGACUUGUCACCUGUCAUCGUAACCCAGCUUGCUUUAGCAAUAGCAGACCUUGCCCUGCAAAUGGCUUCUUGGAAAGGCUGCGUACAAACACUGGUUGAAAAGUACAGUAAUGACGUUACAUCACUGCCCUUUUUGCUGGAAAUCCUCACGGUGCUGCCAGAGGAGGUUCACAGCCGAUCCUUGCGCAUUGGAGCCAACCGCCGUACUGAGAUCAUAGAGGAUCUGGCUUACUAUUCCAGCACGGUCAUCUCUCUGCUGAUGACGUGUGUGGAGAAAGUGGGCAACGAUGAGAAGAUGCUCAUCAAAAUCUUCCGGUGCUUGGGGAGCUGGUUUAACCUCGGUGUUCUGGAUAGCACCUUCAUGGCAAACAGCAAGUUACUGUCACUUCUCUUCGAGGUGCUGCAACAAGACAAGACAUCAUCAAACCUCCAUGAAGCUGCUUCGGACUGUGUGUGCUCAGCGCUCUAUGCCAUCGAGAAUGUGGAGACGAACCUGCCCCUGGCCUUGCAGCUUUUUCAGGGCGUCCUCACUCUCGAGACUGCCUAUCAUAUGGCUGUAGCACGGGAGGACUUAGACAAGGUGCUCAACUAUUGCCGUGUUUUCACUGAGCUUUGCGAGACGUUCCUAGAUAAGAUAGUUUGCACUCCAGGCCAAGGGCUAGGUGACCUGCGGACGCUGGAGCUGUUGCUGAUAUGUGCAGGUCACCCACAGUAUGAGGUGGUAGAAAUUUCCUUUAACUUCUGGUACAGACUGGGGGAGCACCUGUACAAGACAGAUGAUGCAGUCAUCCACAGCAUCUUCAAAGCCUACAUACAGCGGCUUCUCCAUGCUCUGGCCAGACACUGUCAGCUUGACUCAGACCACGAGGGUGUCCCGGAGGAGACGGAUGACUUUGGGGAGUUCCGGAUGCGUGUCUCAGACCUGGUGAAAGACCUGAUCUUCCUAGUGGGAUCAGUGGAAUGUUUUGCUCAGCUUUAUGCAACUUUGAAGGAUGGGAAUCCACCCUGGGAGGUGACGGAAGCUGUCCUUUUCAUCAUGGCCUCUAUAGCUAAGAGCGUUGACCAGGAGAACAACCCAACCCUGGUGGAGGUGCUGGAGGGGGUGGUGCGCCUGCCCGAGACGGUGCACACGGCUGUCCGCUACACCAGCAUCGAGCUGGUUGGAGAGAUGAGUGAGGUCGUGGACAGAAACCCUCAGUUCCUAGAUCCUGUGCUGGGUUACUUGAUGAAAGGCCUGUGUGACAGGCGGCUGGCCUCAGCUGCUGCCAAGGCCAUUCACAAUAUCUGCUCGGUAUGCCGGGACCAUAUGGCUCAGCACUUUAACGGGCUGCUAGAGAUAGCCCGUUCCCUUGACUCCUUCACACUCUCUCCAGAAGCUGCUGUGGGACUCCUUAAGGGGACAGCGUUGGUCCUUGCCAGGCUCCCCUUAGAGAAGAUAGCAGAAUGCCUCAGUGAACUCUGUGCCGUACAAGUCAUGGCACUGAAGAAGCUGCUCUCUCAGGAGCCAAGCAAUGGCCUCUCCUCAGACCCUACUGUGCCCCUGGAUCGACUCGCUGUCAUCUUUAGACAUACCAAUCCCAUUGUAGAAAAUGGACAGAUCCAUCCGUGCCAAAAAGUCAUUCAGGAAAUCUGGCCCGUGCUGUCGGAGACCCUGAACAAACACAGUGCCGAUAACCGCAUCGUGGAGCGCUGCUGCCGAUGCCUGCGCUUUGCUGUCCGCUGCGUAGGCAAAGGAUCCGCUGCCCUGCUGCAGCCGCUAGUCACGCAGAUGGUGAAUGUGUACCGGGCGCACCAGCACUCCUGUUUCCUCUACCUGGGCAGCAUCCUGGUGGACGAGUACGGCAUGGAGGAGGGCUGCCGGCAGGGGCUGCUGGACAUGCUUCAGGCACUAUGCAUACCUACCUUCCAACUCCUAGAGCAGCCCAAUGGCCUUCAGAACCACCCUGACACCGUGGACGACCUCUUCCGACUAGCAACCAGGUUUAUCCAGCGCAGCCCCGUCACCUUGCUACGCAGCCAGGUGAUGAUCCCCAUCCUGCAGUGGGCCAUAGCUGCCACCACCCUAGACCACCGAGAUGCCAACUGCAGCGUCAUGAAGUUCCUACGUGACCUCAUCCACACGGGGGUGGCCAAUGACCACGAGGAGGACUUUGAAAUGCGGAAGGAGCUCAUCGCCCAGGUGAUGAACCAGCUGGGCCAGCAGCUCGUCAACCAGCUGCUGCACACGUGCUGCUUCUGCCUGCCGCCCUACACGCUGCCCGACGUCGCCGAGGUGCUCUGGGAGAUCAUGCAGAUCGACAGGCCGACGUUUUGUCGCUGGCUGGAGAAUUCACUGAAGAGUUUACCAAAGGAAACAACGGGGGGAGCCAUCCAAGUCACACACAAACAGCUGACGGACUUCCACAAGCAGGUCACAAGCGCGGAGGAAUGUAAACAAGUGUGCUGGGCUCUGAGGGACUUCACCCGCCUGUUCCGAUAGCUCGCGCUCCGGCACGGCCCCUGGCUCCCAGGAACGUCUUUAAUUAGAAGACAGGAAACGACGAAAACAAGAACGUGUCCCACAAUCAGCAAACUCGUCCGCGGCCGAGGGCUCUCCCCCGCUCCAGCGCAUCCCACCAGCCAGGGGAGCCGCUCGCUGCCGGCGAGCCAGGGCCGUUACCGCUUGCGCGCAAGAGGACGACUCUUUGACGCGACCGAGAUGGCUGCAGCCCGCCCGACGGCAUGGUGGGGGGUGCUGCUUUCCCCACGGACUCGCUUCCAAACAACAGCUAACGAAACAGGAAAACAAACCACCAACAAAAAGAGAGGGAAAAAAAAAAAAAAGGAAACAGUGGAAGAAAACGAAUUUGCCUGGCAGCAAAACAAGAGUACAAACAAAGUAGAAAACUUUCUGUGAAAUGAAAAAUAAAAAUUACUUAAGGAAAGAUGGGGUUUAAAAUAUAUCUAGCAGAAGCAAGCAGCUGCAGGUCCUUCCCACCUCGGGCAGUCCCGGGGCCCCCCGUCCCCUCCCGGGCAGGUGGGGGGAUGCCGGGGGCCCCGCCGCCGCGCUCUGGGCCGUUGCCUCCCCUGCCCGCGGCCCGGCGAGGGGGGGAAGCACAGCGGCAGCCACCUGGAGAAGGCGCAGGCGGGACAGACUUUAAAUAUAUAUUAUAUUUUUUUUCUUUUUAGUUUGUUGUUUUGUUUUUUUUUAAUUUUUAUUUGGUUGCUUUGGGGUUUUACCGUGCAGGGGAGGAGACGGCUCGAGCGAGGGCAGGACAGGGCUGGGAGGCUGCCGGCGGGGCUCUGCCCCCGGCCGAGCAGGGCCCCGCGCGGGCGUUGCUGGAGCGCAUGCUGUUCCGUCUGGUGUUGUAGCCAUCUCGAGAACAAUAAAACACAAAAACGAAAAAAAAAUAAAUUAAAAA